CCAGCUGUUUUUAUAGCUUCUCAUUUAAAAGUAUGUUGUCCAGUGGGUUACUGGCUUAGAUUAAUCCCAUGAAAACAGUUUUUCCUGAACAAGCUCUAUGAAAAUGUAACGAUUUAUUGAUGACUUUUAAAGUUCACAGCUAGAUUUAUUUUGAAACUGGGAUGCUGGUGCUAUAAAUAUAAGGGAGCUUCAUUGCAUGAGACUUGUGUAAAAUAGAUUUUAUUUACUAGUUAACAAACUGUUAGACAAAUUUAAAUAAGUUCAGUAAAUUUGCCUUACUGUGGAAAAUAUAAAAACCUGCGUGACUUUCAAUUUUCUUUUUUAAAAUUUAGAGAAGACAUUAGUUGUGAUCUUUGGAGAAGAGUUUUUCUGUUUAGCUGUUUUCUGAGUGGUUUAGAGCAGCCACUAGACUCACUGCUUCUAUGACUGACCUUUUCUUUAACGUAAGCUCUGCUUCUGCUUAAUGUUUCUUCCUGUUAAAACGGACACUUCUCUUCUCAACUGUUGCUGUAUGCCUAAUAUGAGGGAUUGCUGCAAAGUCAAUGACACAAUGUAAGCGAAUGGUGCAGUUAUGACUAGGAUCAAUACAUGUAUAACAAAUUAAGACAUUUUUGAAGUCUUUUAUUUCAGUAAUUCACUUGACUGUGAAAGUGAAAUGUGAUCUAGAUGACUUCCACACAGACGUCUUCAUGAACAGAAAUAAAAUUCAAGCCCUUAGUGAAAUAAAAGGUAUUUUUAUUCUGAUGAAUCAGUCUCAUUAGAAUGCAUAUUCUAAUUUUUUAAUGUGACUGUACUUUUAAGCCUUAUUCUUUUUUUGUGAAUACACUACAUAAAUUGGAUAUUGUUUUAUUUGUAACAUGCCUUGAGACAUUUAUUAUGAAUUGAUGCUAUAUUAUCAUCUCCUCCCAUCCCCCCAAAACAAACACUUUUGAAUAUGGUGCUCAGCUACCUGAGCCUGUAAGGAUGAGCAGUUAUAGACGGAUGUUGAAUCUUACAUUAUAUUGACAUUCACUUUGGUUUUAUCCUUCAAUAUUUUAGCUAUAAUCCACUGCAAGCUAUAUAAUUCAUCCUCUUAUGUCAUGUUUAAUUUUCCUUCUCAUGUCUGUUAGAUAUCUUCAUAUAUAUGUUUUUUUCCCAGUUUUUCCUUUUCAUCUGUUUUACUCAGAAAUUGGAUCAGAUCUGUUUCAUUUGCUUAGAAUGUUCUCUGGUUUUAAACAGUAAAUAAAAAUCCCAACACAUUUAUCUUCAUCCCUCCACUUCACAAUGAUGCUCUACUUUGUGUUGUUGUGCCACAUUGUGAAAAGGGAAAAAUGUCAAAACAUUCAUUGGAUGUGAAUACUUCAGGAAGGCACUGCUUCAGGUUACAUCAAAAAUUCAAUCUCAAGUGGACCAAAACAAAUCGGAGAUAAGUAUUAAAUGAAAUGUUCGGAGCCCUAAAAUGAAAGAGGGUGGAGUGGAGCUAAUCCACAGGUCACUAGCGUUGUCAGCAGCAACGUUUUAGCCAUGUGUGGGAUAGGAAGAAUCAAUGUGGCAGGCGGAGGAAGGAGGUGGAGAGCCAUCGCAGCCCAUUCAUCUGACAGCCGUUUACCACAUCAGUCCUCUGCUCCUCCUCCCUGUUCGGUCUAAAGUUGUCGACAGUCUUCCAGAGCCUGCAGGGGAGACCAGCCAUGGCUCUGCUGCUGAAUGUGGCUGCACACUGCUGCCUGAUCCGCCGGCGGUUCAGGAGGAGGAGGAAGAAACGCUCAGAGCGUAAAGGUGGAUCAGGGAACCGGCCGACCCGAACCCAGCAGAGGCAGCCCAUCACAGAGGGGAUGGAAACACGAAGCAUGAGUUCAUGCAGCACAGAUGUUAAGGAAAAUCACAACUUGGACAACCUCUUCUCAAAAGAAAGGGUUGCAUCUGUUGCUGUUCAGCUCCACAGUGGAAGGACAAGCAGAGGUAGGAAACGUCCCUUAGCGGAGGGUAACAAUGGCCGCACACCUUGCAAGUACUGGCCGAAAAAGCGUAAAAAGGUCUCAGGACCCAUUGUGCCCAAGAAUGCCCUCAUGCAGCUGAAUGAAAUAAAGCCCGGACUUCAAUACAAGCUGCUUUCUCAGUCUGGCCCAAUCCAUGCGCCUGUGUUUGUGAUGACUGUGGAGGUCAAUGGGCAGGUAUUUGACGGCUCAGGUCAGACAAAAAAGAAGGCCAAGCUAAGCGCUGCAGAGAAGGCCCUGCGUUCCUUUGUCCAGUUCCCUAAUGCGUCUGAAGCCCACAUGGCCAUGGGUCGGACUCUGGCUGUUCACACAGACUUCACCUCAGACCAGGGGGACUUUCCUGAUGAGCUCUUCAAUGCCUUUGAGACAUCCAGAGCUUUAGGUGACCCGUUAUACCUGGCCCCCAACAGCAGGAGAUCUUUCACAACUCUGGGAAUAGAAAACCCAAUGCUCCCUCCCCCUACCUCAAACAUUGUUCAGUCUCCCCUAACCCCUAAUCCAUUUGCCUUCACUUCCUUGACAAGUGGCAAGAACCCUGUAAUGAUUCUUAAUGAGAUGAGGCCAGGACUCAAAUAUAAUACUGUGUCUGAGAGCGGGGAGAGCCAUGCCAAAAACUUUGUCAUGUCAGUGACAGUGGACGCUCAGAACUUCCAGGGUUCUGGGCGGAACAAGAGGCUGGCCAAAGCUCGAGCUGCCCAGGCUGCCCUGUCUGUACUCUUUCAUAUUGAGCCGGACCAGGUAUCGUCCCGGCAACCCAUACCCAAAGAGGGAUUGCAGCUUCAUCAACCACAGGUCCUGGCUGACGCCGUCUCUCGUUUGGUUGUCGAAAAGUUCAGUGAACUAACUGAUAACUUCACAUCUCCACAUGCUCGAAGGAAAGUCUUGGCAGGUGUUGUCAUGACAACAGGUUCAGAUGUAAAGGAGGCACAGGUUAUCUGCGUAUCCACAGGGACAAAGUGCAUCAAUGGUGAAUACAUGAGCGACAGAGGACUAGCCCUGAAUGACUGCCAUGCUGAAAUUAUCGCUCGGCGCUCUCUCAUCAGGUUCCUGUACUCCCAACUGGAACACUUUCUCAGUCCUAAUGAAGAGGAUCAUCACAAAUCUAUCUUCACCUGCUGUGACAACAAACAAGGUUUCAGACUGAAUGAAAAUGUCCAGUUCCACCUGUACAUCAGCACCUCCCCCUGUGGCGACGCUCGCAUUUUUUCACCUCACGAAGCUGCUGUAGAAGAUCAGAGUGACAGACACCCUAACAGGAAGGCCCGCGGGCAGCUGCGGACUAAGAUUGAGUCUGGUGAAGGAACAAUCCCAGUGAGCUCUGGUAGCACCAUUCAGACAUGGGACGGGGUUCUACAGGGUGAGAGGCUGCUCACCAUGUCCUGCAGCGACAAGAUUGCCAGGUGGAAUGUGGUUGGAUUCCAAGGCUCUUUGAUGACCUACUUCACUCAGCCCAUCUACUUCUCCAGCAUCAUCCUGGGCAGCUUGUACCAUGCGGACCAUCUGUCCAGAGCCAUGUACCAGAGACUUACUGAGAUGGAGGUGCUACCGCCACCUUUCAGCCUGAACAAGCCUCUGCUCAGUGGAAUUAGUAACACAGAGGCUCGUCAGCCUGGAAAAGCCCCAAACUUCAGCGUGAACUGGACCAUCGGAGACCAGGGUUUGGAGCUGAUUAACGCCACCACAGGGAAGGAUGACCUAGGCCGACCCUCGAGACUCUGCAAGCAUGCUCUGUACACCCGCUGGAUUGACUUGCACAGCAAGCUGUCCUCCACCCUGCGCAUUCAAACACUGGAGCCCAGGAGCUACCAUGAAGCUAAGCAGGCCGCAGCGCAGUACCACUCUGCCAAGCAGACUCUCUUCAUAGCCUUCCUCAAGGCCGGACUUGGAGCCUGGGUUAAGAAACCUGUAGAGCAGGACCAGUUCUCUUUCAGCAAUUGUGUGUGAGCUGGUCAUGGAUCUUAGGUAGAGAAGUAUGUUCCCUAUUGAUUUUCAAUAGACUGAACUCUUAAAUUAUUCCAUUUGUCAUUAUUAGUAUGUUCAAUGGGGAAUAGAAUAGAGGGAAAGCACAAAAUAAGAUGCAGUCUGCAGAAACAGAAUAUAGCUCCGUUCUGCUGCAUGUUUGACUGCAUCGACCCUCAGUAGGAUGCAGCUUCACAUUUAAGGUAACUACAGGACAGUGGUACCAUGAAUUUGAAGAAAGUAAUAAAAAGUCGUUCUCUGAUUUAACAUUUAACAAGUAGAAAUAGUUUUGGUAAUUUUAACUGACCUAAAACAGGGGAAAGAAAUAUUCAGUUUCACAGCAGAAAUAGAGAAAAUAACAGCUAUGUGUAUUUUUAUAUGGUGGAUGAUUAGUUCCAGUUGUGUUCAAGGCAGAUGGAAAUCCUGUAACCUUAAUAUCAUGACUGAAGUCAUGAUAUUAUUAUAUUAUAUUAUAUAUUAUGAUAUUAUAGUCAACUUAUUAUUGACUGAAGUCUAUUUUAGGCUAAUAAACAUCACAUGAAUCUUAGUUUACAUGGUUAUGAUUAUUAUUUGGUAUAAACUAAAUUUUAAUGUUAAAUAUGUCUUCAUGGUGGUGGACAGACUCCUAGACUGACUCAAAUAUACAAUAAAAAUAAGUUCAAUUUAAGUGUUUAUUUGAUGACCCACUCAGAUCUAGUUAUCAAGGUGACGUGAUUUUCACAGGCUUAAAAGAAACUGUUUGUUUCACAAAACCAGUGAUCAGCUCGGAUGGAAAGUAGUACACAUGCAGACAAAUGGAGGAAUUCUGAAUGAUUUUCAAGGAGUUAGAACAAGGGCCAUAUGGGUUAACAGUGGAGGAUUUUAGAUCCAGUGGAAACACAAGGUCUUCUGCUCACACCGUCAUCUAGACGCUCUAAUCUAGAUGACAUUUUGACAUGGAUUUGUUAUCCAUGUUUGACCUCCAGUUUUUGUGACGCUUUGACCUGACAGUACUGAUCUUAGCCAGAAAUGUAGAGUUCUCUGUAAGAACCGUAAUUACAUAUAAACAGUGUUCAAAAUAUUUUCUUUCAGCCUUCCUUGCGGUCAUCAGUGAUUUACUUCAGAAGCCAAGGUGACAUCACAAUGUGCAAGAUAAUAGUAGUUACUGGAAAAUCAUGUUUUAUGAUUUCAGGACAGAGACUAACUGUUUAAAUUGACAUUUAAAGCUUCACUUAGCAUUUUAUGUUAGCAUUCUGUGCCACUUUCGUGGUAAACAGCAGGGUCCAUGUAUAUUCCCUACUGAAUGUACAGUAGAUCAUUUAGCUCUGAGAUUAGGGAAAGGUGCCAACAUUUCUAAAAGUUACAAAAUGGCAAAUGAGCUAUCUCAUACUUUAUUUAAAUUAUUGCUGCUAAUAAGCCCCCUUUACAGUUUUAGGGUAACAUUUGGGUGGAAAUUUUAUUAGGAUGGACCAAACAUUUGAAAGUAUUUCUUUUGAUUGCAGUCUUUAUGUAUAUUUUAUGUCUGUUUUAAUGUUUAACUUAUUUUACAAACUCACUAAAAGUGAUACAAGCAUCAUUAUGUCACGUUGUGUGGGUGGAGAUGGUGAGGCAGGACGCUUAGACCCAGGUAGAAGUAAAGUGAUGGUUAAAUGAUGAGCAAGUCCAAAAUACAAACAGUCCAACAACCAGGCAGCACGGCAGAACAGAAUCCAGGGUUCAGCACCGGUAGCAACUGGCGAAACGAAUGGACGACUGACAAACAGCUAGACAGCACAGACAACAACAGACGACUGGCUUGACUCACGACAAGGACCCGACAAAGACACUAAAUACACAGGAGGUAAUUAGGGAACGAGACACACCUGGGAACUAAUCAACAACACGGAGACUCAGUAACAGAGGAAACUCAAAAUUAAUACAAAGAAAAACUCAAACCAUGACACAUUACCUCAAGAAUCCUCAUUUUCCUUGUUUCUUUUAGUGUUUUCUGCCUUUAACAAUAAUUUGUGAAACUUUUUAUAUGUGAUGUGGAUUUAAUGUAGUGUGAUUUACCCCCUAAAACAUUAAAAGAUGGAAUAAAAAAAUCUUGUAUUUCUUUAAGCAUGUUUUACUUUGUAUUUGCCUUUGCAGACAUAUUUUAUCUAUAAAUUAAUUCCUAUUUGAUAUUUGUAUUUAAUAUAUUACCCUUAUCCUUUAUCCUCCUGUUUCUAACUAGUUUCUUUUUGUAGUCAUGCUUUUCUUUUAUAGGCAUGAGCUGAAUAUUUGCACAAACUCAUUCACUUUAAUGGCAUUCUGCUUGGCAGGGUGAUAUGUUCCUGACUGUAGCAAAGUGCAUUGGAGUGGGUGAAGUGAAUGGAGAACGAUGGUUAUCUGUUUGUCGGUUCUGCAUUAGCAGAAAUGAUAUCUCUAUUUGCUCAGAAACUACCUUUGUGGAUGAGUCAGAAAAUUUUGUUGCUGAUUGUUUUCUCAGUGACAUGAUAAAGUCAAACUGUGAGGCACAAUGCAUGAUCUCUACAUGUAAAGCACAAAUAUGCUAAUAUAAAAUAAUAUGUUAAAACAGACAAAGUGUUUAAUAAAAUAUAUUACUGUCA